CAACCGCCCAAUGCAGCACUCGCACGCUCCCCCCGCCAGCGGAAGCUCCUGCGAAGCACAAUGCAGCACUGAGGCAGCGCCGCGGUGGAGGCUGCAGCGCCACGGCCGCCGCAGCACCGGCCGGGGCGGGGAGGGGGCGGCCCGGGCGAGCCGGGGGGCGCUGGGCCAGGGAGUCGGACCAGCUGACCCGGCAUGAGGAGCUGAGCGUCUCCAGCGAGGUGGCUGACGGCAGCACCAUGCAGGCGGCGGCGGCGUCCGUGCCCAUCUUGCUGCUCUGCGCCCUGGGGACCUGCCCCUUGGUGCGCGGCGGCCGGGCAGGAGACGCCUCGUUGACUGAGCUGGAGAGGAGGGACGAAAACGGCUUCCUGGAGCGCCAGAGCAUCGUGCCGCUCCGGCUCCUCUAUCGCUCUGGCGACGAAGACGAAACAGGGCACGACACGCUGACCACGCGGGUGCGGGGCGACCCCCGCGGCGCUCAGUUGACUCAUGUUAACCAGGCAAGCUUCCAGGUCGAUGCCUUUGGAACAUCAUUUAUUCUUGAUGUCGUGCUAAACCAUGAUUUGCUGUCCUCUGAAUACAUAGAGAGACACAUUGAACAUGGAGGGAAGACGGUGGAAGUUAAAGGAGGAGAACACUGUUACUACCAGGGCCAUAUCCGAGGAAACCCGGCCUCAUUUGCUGCAUUGUCAACAUGCCAUGGACUUCAUGGGAUGUUCUAUGAUGGGAACCACACCUAUCUCAUUGAGCCAGAAGAAAAUUACACCUCUCAAGAGGAUUUCCGUUUUCACUCAGUUUACAAAUCCAGACUCUUUGAAUUUCCUUUGGAUGAUCUCCCCUCUGAGUUCCAACAAGUAAAUAUUACUCCACCAAAAUUUAUUUUGAAGCCAAGACCAAAAAGGACUAAACGGCAGCUCCAUCGCCACCCUCGAAAUGUAGAGGAGGAAACCAAAUAUAUUGAACUGAUGAUUGUGAACGAUCAUCUCAUGUUUAAAAAACACCGGCUUUCGGUUGUACAUACCAAUACGUAUGCGAAAUCUGUGGUGAACAUGGCGGAUUUAAUAUAUAAAGACCAACUUAAAACAAGGAUAGUAUUGGUUGCCAUGGAAACCUGGGCAGCUGACAACAAGUUUGCCAUAUCUGAAAAUCCAUUGAUCACCCUACGUGAGUUUAUGAAAUACAGGAGGGAUUUUAUCAAAGAGAAAAGUGAUGCAGUUCACCUUUUUUCGGGAAGUCAAUUUGAGAGUAGCCGGAGCGGGGCAGCUUAUAUUGGUGGGAUUUGCUCGUUGCUGAAAGGAGGAGGCGUGAAUGAAUUUGGGAAAACUGAUUUAAUGGCAGUUACACUUGCCCAGUCAUUAGCCCAUAAUAUUGGUAUUAUCUCAGACAAAAGAAAGUUAGCAAGUGGUGAGUGUAAAUGUGAGGACACAUGGUCUGGAUGCAUAAUGGGAGACACCGGCUACUAUCUUCCUAAGAAGUUUACCCAGUGUAAUGUUGAAGAGUAUCAUGACUUCCUGAAUAGUGGAGGUGGAGCCUGCCUUUUCAACAAACCUUCUAAGCUUCUGGAUCCUCCUGAGUGUGGUAAUGGCUUCAUUGAAACUGGAGAGGAGUGUGACUGCGGGACCCCAGCAGAAUGUGUCCUCGAAGGAGCAGAGUGUUGUAAGAAAUGCACCUUGACUCAAGACUCUCAGUGCAGUGAUGGUCUUUGUUGUAAAAAGUGCAAGUUUCAGCCUAUGGGGACUGUGUGCCGAGAAGCAGUAAAUGAUUGUGAUAUUCGUGAAUCAUGCUCAGGAAACUCAAGCCAGUGUGCCCCAAAUAUUCAUAAAAUGGAUGGAUAUUCAUGUGAUGGUGUUCAGGGGAUUUGCUUUGGAGGAAGAUGCAAAACCAGGGAUAGACAGUGCAAAUACAUCUGGGGGCAAAAGGUGACGGCAUCAGACAAAUACUGCUAUGAGAAACUGAAUAUUGAAGGGACCGAGAAAGGCAACUGUGGGAAAGACAAAGACACAUGGAUACAGUGCAACAAACGGGAUGUGCUUUGUGGCUACCUUUUGUGUACCAAUAUUGGCAAUAUCCCACGGCUUGGAGAACUCGAUGGAGAAAUCACAUCUACUUUAGUUGUGCAGCAGGGAAGAACAUUAAACUGCAGUGGUGGGCAUGUUAAGCUUGAAGAAGAUGUAGAUCUUGGUUAUGUGGAAGAUGGGACACCUUGUGGUCCCCGAAUGAUGUGCUUAGGACACAGGUGUCUCCCUGUGGCCUCCUUCAACUUCAGUACUUGCUUAAGCAAUAAAGAAGGCAUUGUUUGUUCAGGAAAUGGAGUUUGCAGUAAUGAGCUGAAGUGUGUGUGUAACAGGCACUGGACCGGUGCUGACUGCAGCACUUACUUCCCUCUCAACGAUGAGGAAAAGACUGGUAUAACUCUGUCUGGCAACGGUGUUGCUGGUACCAAUAUCAUAAUAGGCAUAAUUGCUGGCACCAUUUUAGUAUUGGCCCUCAUAUUAGGAAUGACUGCAUGGGGUUAUAAAAACUAUCGAGAACAGAGACAGUUACCCCAGGGAGAUUAUGUAAAAAAGCCUGGAGAUGGCGACUCUUUUUAUAGCGACAUUCCUCCUGGAGUCAGCACAAACUCAGCAUCUAGUUCUAAGAAGAGGUCUGCUUUUCUGUCGCAUUUUCAGAUUUCUACCUGUUCCAUCACACAUUAUUCCAUUAGUCAGAACAUUUCAUUAUUUUGCAGCAGGUCAAACGGACUCUCUCAUUCUUGGAGUGAAAGGAUUCCAGACACAAAGCAUACAGACAUCUGUGAAAAUGGGCGACCUCGAAGUAACUCUUGGCAAGGUAAUGUGGGAGGCAACAGAAAGAAAAUCAGAGGCAAAAGAUUUAGACCUCGGUCUAAUUCCACUGAGAGGGAGCCCCAAGCACCUGAGCCUGGGCACUCCCUCGCCCAGACAGUCCCAUCCCAAGGCAUAAGCCCAGGGGGCUCUGACAGCCCCCAGACAGGGAGUCUGGAUCACAGGACUUUAUCUCCUGCCAAGUCUCCAUCUUCAUCAACUGGGUCUAUUGCCUCCAGCAGAAAAUACCCCUACCCAAUGCCUCCACUUCCCGACGAGGAGAAGAAAGCGAACCGACAAAGUGCCAGGCUCUGGGAGACAUCCAUUUAAGAUCAACUGUUUACAUGUGACACAUCGAAACUGUUUACUUCAACUUUUAUAGACACCCAGCCUCACGGAAUCACUGCAAAUCUAUCUGCUCUCCAGACGCUACGAACCCCCUGGAGAUGCCUGACGGAGAAGCUGAGUCUCACAUCCGGAGACCGUUUUCUUUUCGUCACUGGCUUAGGAUUUAACUGAACCCUGAGAAGAACUACUGAAAUGUUACACUAUAACAUGGAACAGUAAAGGUCCUGGUAUAUUAAUGGACAAUCCGCAUGACAGAUAUAUGUAGAAGUAUCGCUAAAACUAACUCACACGACCCAAAUGUAGCAAGUUUUCUAAGGGACAAUAGUGGAUUCAGAACUUGGUGUUCUGAGGCCCAUCCUUGCUGUGUAGACAGUGAUGCUGUGUGCAUGAUGCUUCAGUUUAUUGUUUUCCACAUUUAAGGAAACAACAUCCCAUAAUAGACACUAGCAUGCAGGGCUAAGGCAUAUAGGAUUUUUCUGCAGGACUUCAAUGCUUUGAGAGGCCAAUAUCCCAUAUGCUAACUUUAAACAUGUAUUUUUAGGGUUUGUUUUUUUUUUUUUUACUUUUCAUAUUUAUAUCAGCAUAUGAGGACAAUUGUACAUAUGUCAACAUUUUUAAAAUUAAAAAGCAGCUGUUCCACACAGUGUAUUUUGCCAAAUGCCUCAAAA